AUAAUGGAAGACUCUAGAGUUUGCAGGCUAGGACUAAAAGCAGAUAUAUCAUGUAACUCUCAAUCAAAUGACAUUCUUCAACAUCAAGACUCAAAUUGUGCUGGCACAAGUUAUAAGAAUUCCUUGCAAGAGGGUGAAGGCAGUAACUUUAUAACAAAGAACAGGGAUUUGGUGAACCCAGUGCACUGCGUGCAAGAGUCAAGAGUGGAUCCUCCUGGACCAGAUGCUGGAACAGAUCCUUCUGAUAGUCAACAAGAUUCACAGUGCAACAGGAACAAAGGAAAAACCUUAGGAAAAGAAGUGUUAUUAUUGAUGCAAGCCUUAAACACUCUUUCAACUCCAGAGGAGAAGCUGGCAGCUCUCUGUAAGAAAUACGCUGAUCUCCUGGAGGAGAGCAGGAAUGUUCAGAAGCAAAUGAAGAUUCUGCAGAAGAAACAAGCCCAGAUCGUGAAAGAGAAAGUUCACUUGCAGAGUGAACACAGCAAGGCUGUCUUGGCAAGGAGCAAACUAGAGUCUCUUUGCAGGGAACUUCAGCGUCAUAAUAGGACAUUAAAGGAAGAAAAUAUGCAGCAGGCACAAGAAGAGGAAGAACAUCGUAAAGAAGCAACUGCACGUUUCCAGUUUACUUUAAAUGAAAUCCAGGCACAGCUGGAACAACAUGACAUAGACAAUGCCAAGCUCCGCCAGGAAAACACUGAACUGGGAGAGAAGCUGAAGAAACUUGUUGAACAGUAUGCACUAAGAGAGGAGCAUGUUGAUAAAGUAUUCAAACAUAAGGAACUGCAGCAACAGCUUGUGGAUGCCAGGCUUCAGCAAACAGCAGAGCUCAUAAAGGAAGCAGAUGAAAAACACCAAAGGGAGAGAGAGUUUUUAUUAAAAGAAGCAACAGAAUCGAGGUACACAUAUGAAGAAAUGAAACAGCAAGAAGUACAAUUAAAACAGCAGCUUUCUCUUUAUAUGGAUAAGUUUGAAGAAUUCCAGACUACCAUGGCAAAAAGCAAUGAACUCUUUACAACCUUCAGGCAGGAAAUGGAAAAGAUGACAAAGAAAAUUAAAAAACUGGAAAAAGAGAUGAUAAUAUGGCGUACCAAAUGGGAAACUAAUAAUAAAGUACUUCUGCAAAUGGCUGAAGAGAAAGCCGUCCGCGAUAAAGAGUACAGGGCCUUUCAAAUAAAACUGGAACGGUUAGAGAAGCUGUGUAGAGCUCUCCAAAUGGAAAGAAAUGAGCUCAGUGAGCAGGUGAAAGUCCUGAAACAGCAGGUCUCUGUCAAUGCAGUGGAUGUAGAUUUAGCUACACCUGUAAUACGGUCCUGCACUGCUCUUGUUUCUCAGAAUGAGUUGAUGAGUUCCUCUAGUAAAGCUCCAGGAGUCUACCCGGAUGCUGAGGUUGACGGAGUGAAUGAAACAAAACGCAGCUCCAAAGACCCUCUCUACAUGAUCUCUUCCAGGCACUGA